GAUUUGAAGGAGUUAUUCCGUACGCAUUGUUUUCCCCCACCUCACGUUGCUUCAAAAAUCCCCCAUAAAUAUAAUUGCCGUUUCACCUUCAGUCACAGAGAACCGGCAUUGAAGAUUUUGGUUUUCACUUCGUUAACAUGUCGUCUCCGGCAGAAUUCUAUAAUUCUCUACCUCCGAUCAGCAAGGCUUUUGGGACCAUAUGCGUGGUGGCAACUGCAGCUUUCCAUUUGGGAUUGUACAGUCCCUGGAGUAUAGCGUUGCUUUAUGAACCUAUUUUUUACAAUUUUCAGGUGUGGAGGCUUAUUACGAAUUUCUUUUUCCUCGGAAAAUUUUCCAUCAAUUUUGGAAUUCGUCUUCUAAUGAUAGCCAGAUAUGGUGUCCAGCUUGAAAAAGGUCCAUUUGAGAGGCGGACAGCAGAUUUCCUGUGGAUGAUGAUUUUUGGUGCCAUAUCAUUAUUGGUGUUAUCAGCCAUACCGAUGUUAUGGACUCCUUUUUUGGGGGUUUCAUUGGUGUCCAUGCUUGUAUAUGUAUGGAGCAGAGAGUUUCCCAACUCCCAAAUUAGUAUAUAUGGGCUUGUCACGCUCAAGGCAUUUUAUUUUCCGUGGGCCAUGCUUGCAAUUGAUGUUAUAUUUGGGUCACCGUUACUACCAAAUCUUCUUGGAAUCAUAGCAGGGCAUCUGUAUUACUUCUUGACAGUGCUACAUCCACUUGCUACCGGAAGAAACAUAUUAAGGACUCCCAUAUGGCUGAAUAAACUUGUUGCCCGAUGGAGAGUGGGAUAUCCAACAAAUACCCCUGUCCAACCAAGCAGUGGUACUGGCGUGGCUUUUAGAGGUAGGAGUUAUCGGCUAAAUUCAUCCUCUGGUAGAUCAUUUCCCAUCAGAAGCUUGUGGUCAUCUUGAUUCCGGAAGAAUCUAUACUACUGUUAAUAACCUUCGUGCAGAUGCCUUCGGCUGUGUUGCUAAUUAAGAAAAGUCCAAUAGUGAAAACUAGAAAGAAUUAACUAUUGAACAGAUUUUUUUGGUGACAAUUCUUUGGCUGCUUGUAACAUAUUUGUCAUCUGAGUUGUAGCUUGAAGAACCAAAAAGGAAUAUGGUAAUCUGAAUUAUGUUCUA